AUGGCCGCUGAAUUCCAGAGCGCCACAGGACAGAGGCCCCAGCUUUCUCUGCACAGCGUCCUAGAGGACGACUGGGCCAGGAAUGUUUGUAGCGUGUCCGUGGGCCUCCCGGAGAGAGCCCUGGUCGGCAGGGAGAGGCCAGCAGAGGCGGAGAAGGCGAGCUGCCCCCGGCCCCCAGAGGCUGGAGAAGGUGGGAGUUCCCCAGGGUGUGAUGGGAGAAGCCCCCCCCACGGGCCAGCUGCCCAGGAUCCGCCCCAGAGCCCCGCAGUGUCUGGGAAGGCGUCCACAGGGCAGCGGGCAGCCGAGCAGGUCGUGGUGGGGGCUGGCGGUGAGGAUGGCCCUGCUGCCUCACACAACCAGGAGGAGCUGGAGGUCAAGGCUUGGCCAGUGUCCAUGGGGCGGCCCGGGCAAGGACUCCCUGCUCCCACUGACACCCCUGCCGGCUCCCCAGAGUCUGCAGCCAGCAAGGCUCGCUCAGGUCCCUUCAUGGGGCAGAGAAGAUCCAAGUGUGCUAAGCUGGGGAGGGGCCCAGUGCCCCCUGCCGAGGACCGGGCCACCGACAGACGCUCCGACAACUUCAGCCACGACCCGGACCCGCCGGCAGCAUCCCGCCCAGGAGGCUUCCCCAAACCGGAGGAAAUGAAGAUGUCCCACGGGGUGAAGCGUGUGUGCUACGUGGAUUCCGGGUCGGUGAUCCACCUCCUGGGGGCCAUCAGCCCCGGGCAGGCAGCGGGUUCGCGGCCGCUGAAGCUGGAGCCCCUGGAGAACAUGAUGGAGGUCAGCGCAGCCUCACCUGCCCAGAGGCCCAGGAGGAAGAUAAGGCGCCAGGCCCACAGCCCCACUUGGUGCCAGUUCUCCUGGUGGCCUCCCUCAGGAGGGACAGAGUGGGGCUCUGGUGGCGUCGCUGACCCCGCGCCAUCUGGGAGCGGCUCCCUGGCCCUCAGGGACCCCACUCCUCCUCCACAUGCUCUUUCUCCUUCCAGUCCAGUGGAGUCUGAAGAGGAGGAGCCCGAGGAGCCCGAGGAGCCCGAGGACCAGGACUGGGAAGAGGACUCAGCUCAGCUUCAGCUCCAAAAGGACAUUGGGGUACGGCACACUGUGGUCCGCGUCAUGAGGAAGGUGCUGUGGAGCCGCCUCCGGGAGCUCCCAGACGUGGCGCUGAGUAAGGAGGUGGUAGAGGGCAUCGCUGCUGGCAUCGAGGCAGCCCUCUUCGACCUGACACAAGCCACCAACUGCCGCUACAAGACCAAGUACCGCAGCCUACUGUUCAACCUGCGGGACCCCAGGAACCCCGACCUGUUUCUCAAAGUGGUUCAUGGAGAUGUCACCCCCCACGGCCUGGUGCGGAUGAACUCAAUCCAGCUGGCCCCCCAAGAGCUGGCCCGCUGGCGGGACCAGGAGGAGAAAAGGGGCCUGGAGAUCAUUGAGCAGCAACAGAAGGAGCUGUGCAUCCUUCCGACCUCCAAGCUGACCCACAAGGGCGAAGUCGAGAUCCUGCGGGACACGGACCAGAUGCUGACCCUGGAGGACCUGGUGAGACCCAUGAUGUCCACAGACUGCAGCCCACUGGCCCUGCCUGCCAUGUCAGAGGACCCCACAGAGCAGGAGCAGGACCCCAUGGAGCAGCAGGACCCCACAGAACAGCAGGACCCCCUGGAGCAGCAGGACCCCACAGAACAGCAGGAACCCCCAGAGCAGCAGGGGGAACCCCCAGAGCAGCAGGACCCCGCGGAGCAGCUGGACCCCACGGAGCAGCAGGAGGAACCCCCAGAGCAGCAGGACCCCACGGAGCAGCAGGGGGAACCCCCAGAGCAGCAAGGGGAACCCCCAGAGCAGCAGGAACCCACAGAACAGCAGCAGGAACCCACAGAACAGCAGGAGGAACCCCUGGAGCAGCAGGAGGAACCCCCGGAGCAGCAGCAGGACCCCACAGAACAGCAGGACCCUCCGGAGCAGCAGGACCCCACAGAACAGCAGGAACUCCCGGAGCAGCAGCAGGACCCCACGGAGCAGCAGGACCCCACGGAGCAGCAUGAGCACCACUUCUUUGACCCCAGCUGCCACAUCUGCAACGACUGGAAGCCCUCGUGUGCGCUGCCAGGCUUCUCCCAAGCCAACAGGAGGGUGGAGGACAAUGUCAUCCGGAGAGCCCCAAGCCCAGAGAUGUCCUCUCCAGAGAUGCCCCAAAUCUCCGAGAAACCUCCCAUGGAGCCCCUGGACAGGGUCCUUCCCUCCAGGCUGCAGGUGUCUGCAGGGCCCACAAAGCCCCCCUGGGAGGGGGCUGUGGCCAUGUUCUCCAUCAAGCAGUUCCGGGUCAAGGCCCAGCUGGUCUCAGGACACAGCUGUCAGCUCAUCAUGACCCUGCCCGAGGUAAUCCGCUCAGCAGGCUGCAUUCCCUCCAGCACCAUCUGGAACCUUCUGGCUAGUGUCUGCCCAGCCAAGGCCAAGGACGCCUGUGUGGCCAGACUGUGCCCCCAGGGGGCUCGGGACACCCAGAACUGCCACCUGCUCUACUCCUACCUCAACAACAAGCAGUGCCAUGGCUUGGCAGCGGUGGAACACGUGAGGGUAGUCCUGCUGCCCCUGCCUGCCUUCCAGCCCCUGCCCACCAGACUGCGCCUUCUUGGAGGCCCAGGCCUGGAAGCCGCUCACCCAAGCCUGCUGCUGGCUGUGCUGCUCCCCACAGCAGGGUUUCCAGACACAGCGGAAUCCAGCCCCUUGCUGGAGAAGGUUCGCAAGGUGGUCUCCUUCAACAAAAAAGUGGAGAUGAGAUGCUACCAGCGGAAGGACAGGAGGCCGGAUGUGGCCCCGAAGGGCUCCCCUCCCUCAGGGGGCAAAGGCAGCCUGGCUCCAAGGGGAAGCUGUGCUGGGCAGAAGCCCUCUAGAGGCAGGGGGAGACUGUGGGGAGAGCCUGAGACCUGGCGGGGGCCCGGGCGAGGGGAGUGGCCCACAAGACCGGGCUGGUGCCAGUCUUGGCACCCCUCUUUGGCAGUACCAGCUGGCCGGGGCCAGCACCUCCACAGGGCAUCCUGUCCCCAGCAAGCCCUGCUCCAGCAUCUUGAAUCCCUGGUGACGAUGAGCCGCCAGCUCCAAGCCUCCCUGAGACCCCCAGGCCAGGAGCUCCUUCCGCAGUCACCUGCAGCCGGUGGAAUCCUUGGACUCUUAUGCCGGCCUCUGGCAACUCCAGAGCCCCCUGGCCCAGCCCCCGACUCCUCUUUGGGCCCAACAGAUGGAGCUGGCUCUGAGUGUCCUCUCCCUGGAGAGACCUGACCCUAGAAGAGGGCCUUUGACUCCCUCCCCAGUGCUGACCCCUGAGCUGUUCCAGGGACAUAUGGGGGCAGAGGAAGGGGAGGGCCAGCUCAACCCACGCGCCCCUUUUGAGUUUCAUGUUUUGCAAACUGUUUAGUGUUGAUUUUGGGUUCAAUAAAGAUUUUGACGAAGUUGA